AACCAUUAGUCCAAUUGGUCAUUCUCGUCGGUCCUUCAUACUGUUCGCUCCAACGUGCUCUUUAAAUAGUACGAGUCUUUCUCGCUUGUCUCUAUGUCGAAUCUACGUUGAGUCUCGGGAAAAGUCCGAUAUGGCCGGUUUGCCCAGUGCCGAUUUCUGUCGCGGGUCGAUCAACGCCGAUUCCGGUUACGAGAGAUCGGACGACGAGAGCGAUCAGGAUAGCGAGAGGACGGCUGCCAGGAAAUGGUGGAUUCCGUUCACCCUGGACAAGGAGGACGAGGCGGAGGAUUCGGAAUUGUACGUGAAAGUCCGUAGCCGCUUGAACAAAAUUAAUCGAGUCUCGAAGAGCUCGCUGGCGACGACGUCGAGCACGAGUGACGAGACGGGCGGCGUCGUCGUGGAGACGCAGAUCGGAAGAUUUCAUCUGAUCAAGUCGAUCUUCGACAGGAACUCGAAGGGUCGUCAGCUGUUGCGCAACAGGCGCUGCACCUUUUUGGAAAGGCUCUCCGCGGCGUUGAUCAACGACACGCGAAUGGACCGUGAAAAAGAGGAGGGAAACCAGACAAAUUUGGAAAAGCUGCAAUAACCGGAGUGCAUAGUGGGUACUCUCUUUUUUUGUGUGAUUUAGUAUAUUUUAUUUGGGAAGACAGUGUAAUUUGUAUGUAAAAGAAAAGGAAUGUUUAGUUAGUAAAAAUAAACGAAAUGUAAUUUCAAUAAAAAUACCUCCAUACGAUU